UCCAAUGAAAAACAAAACAAAAACUGCAGCCUAAAUUCUCGCACUUCAAUUUACAACUGCAUUUUUUUUCGACUCAUUGGAGACAAUGGCAGAAGCUAUCAUGGGCUUCACCAUUAUCAGUCCACAUAUUCACCGCUCCUCUCUCCAAACAGCUAAAUUGGACAUGACUCACACGAGCUCAUGUACCAGAUUGCUUAGGCAGUGUUCAAGCUCUGAACUUUUCAGUGGGGCCAAGCAGCUUGUAGUUGGGAAGAAUAGCAAAAGAGCCUCUUUAUGCAAAACAAAUGCCUUCCCAGAUUGGCCUUUGAUGGCAGUUCUAGUUGAACAGAUAGAAGGCCAAAGAGACCUUAUAACCCACAAAUCUAUUGUGCAUCUCAGUGAUGAAUCCAUAAAGAACGUCUAUACUUUUUACAUCAUGUUCACUUGUUGGGGAUGCUUAUUCUUUGGUUCCAUGAAGGAUCCAUACUAUGAUUCAGAAACGUACAGAAAAGAUGGAGGUGAUGGUACUGGACAUUGGAUUUAUGAGAAGCAAGCAGACAUUGAAGAAUCUGCAAGAGCAGAGUUGUGGAGGGAGGAGCUGAUUGAGGAGAUAGAGCAGAAGGUUGGAAGCUUGAGAGAGUUGGAAGAGGCUGGUAAGGAGGAGGAGCUUGUCAAGUGAAAUGAUUGUUUAAUAUUCUUCCACCCCUUCAAACAUCCAGACGUUAUUAUAAUAUGUAUAUAUACUAUAUAUUAAUUCAAACCUCUGAAUGUUUGAAUUAA